AUGGUAUCAAUCGGAAAUCUGCUAGAGCCAAUUGCAGUUAUUGGUCUUUCAUGUGCAUUUGCUGGUGAUAUUAAUUCCCCGGAUGAUUUAUGGAAUGUUUUAAAAGAUAGUGUUAAUGUUAAUUCAGAAAUUCCUAAAGAACGAUUAGAUUUGGAAUCUUAUGUUUAUGAUCGCCUUACGAAUGAUCCAUUAUUAAAAGAUACUUUAAUACAUCGUGGUUAUUUUAUGUCAACGGAUAAUUUAGAUAAAUUUGAUCCUGGCUAUUUUGGUUUAACAGAUAAUGACACUUUGUUACUUGAGCCUGGUCAUCGUAUUUUACUACAAAAAUUUGUACAUCUUCUGGAUGAUGCUGGUUAUACAAUAGAUCAAAUACGUGGUACAAAUACAUCGAUAUACAUUGGACAAUUUUCUAGUGAUUUCCAGCGAGUAAUAAGUCGUCAAUCAAUUGAACAUCGUAAACGUUUAAUGGACGUGUUUUCGGGUUUAUUUAAUGCAUCAGCCAGAAUAGCUUAUCAUUUUGAUUUACAUGGCCCCAAUGCAACAAUUGACACUGCUUGUUCAUCUUCUUUGCAAGCCAUUCACAUUGCUUGUCAAACGCUGCGAAAUAACGAAGCAGAUUAUGCGGUAGCAGGCGGCAUCAGUGUUCAUUUCGCACCAGAUAUGUUUUAUGGUUACUCAUUAAUUGGUGCCGUAUCGCCCGAUGGUCGUUCACGCUCAUUUAGUAAUGAUGCAAAUGGUUAUGGAAAAGGUGAAGGUUGUGGUUUAGUCUUCUUGAAACGUUUGACUGAUGCUGAACGAGAUGGAGAUCGUAUUUAUUGUUUAAUUCAUGAUAUUAUAUCGAAUCACGAUGGGCAAAGAUUUAAAACAGGCUAUACUGCACCUACGGAAUUUGCACAAAAUUUGCUGCUCAACAAAAUUUAUUCAAGGAAUCCUCAGAUUGAUCGAAAUGAUAUAUUUUAUGCUGAAGCACAUGGCACCGGAACGCAAGUGGGGGACCCAAUUGAAGCUAAUGCACUUGGUCACUUUUUCAAUCGUACUCAAUUUGAUUCACCAUUAUUAAUUGGUUCAGUGAAAUCAAACAUAGGACACACGGAAGGUGCAGCCGGCGUGGCCCCUUUAAUCAAAGUAGCUUUGUGUAUGAAACAUCGUUUAAUACCUCCACAGAUGCAUUUCAAACAACUAAAUCCAAAAAUUCGUGCCAGACAAUACAAUUUACAUGUGGUUCAACAUUUGACACAUUUUCCAUCAUCUUCUCAUAUUUCUACAUAUCGACCAGUUUUAAUUGGAAUUAAUUCAUUUGGAAUUGGUGGUAACAAUGCACAUUGUAUUGUACAGGAAUAUUUGCAACCACCCUCACAAGGUCUUCAGAAUGGGCAUACAAAAGACGAAAUCGAGGAACAAUAUAUGGUUUUAAUGUUCUCAUCCAAAUGUCAAAAGUCAUUGAAAACACAUAUUCAAAAGUGUCAUCAUUGGCUAUCGAAUAUACUGAUGGGAAAAGAAGAAGAAGAAAAGAACUUUUUAAUUCAGCUAUCAUAUAAACUAUUAUUCCAUCGAACACUUUCAUACUCUCAACGGAUAUCGUUUGUGUUCAAGGAUCAGCAGGAAUUGCAACAACAAUUACUGUCAUUUUUAUCGGAUAAGAAUUAUCGAAGUGGUGUUAGUACAUGGAUCGAUCAAACGGAUCAAUACAAUGAAAAAACGAUUUGUUUUGUCUACAGUGGCCAAGGUCCCCAGUGGUGGUCAAUGGGUCGGCAGUUGUAUUAUACAGAACCAAUUUUCCGUCAGUGGAUUGAUCGAAUAGACUAUGAACUGAAACAAGUAACACACGACUGGUCAUUAUUAGAUGAACUGAUUUAUACUAAAGAAGAACACCAAUCCCGUAUCAAUGAUACAAACAUUGCUCAACCAUGUUUAUUUGCACUACAAGUGGCGCUCACUGCUCUUUGGUUAUCAUGGAAUGUCUACCCGAAAGUGAUUGUUGGUCACUCGGUUGGUGAAAUAGCCGCGGCUUAUAUCAAUGGUCAUUUCACACUGAAAG